GGCAUCGCAAAGUUUGGCAUUAUUGAGGGCGUGGAGAUGCACCAGUUCAUGUGUCACAAGUAUCUCACUUUCAAGUUCGGCCCACAAAUCAAUUUCAUUAUAGGUCAUAACGGAAGUGGUAAGAGUGCGGUCCUCUCAGCCAUCACCGUUGCCUUAGGUGGUAAGGCAACCGCCACUGGUCGUGGAAAUGGCCUCAAAUCCUUCAUUCGCGAAGGCCAAAACGUUUCUGAAGUGACUAUCCAACUGAAGAAUACUGGCGAAGAAGCCUAUCGGCACGAUGAAUACGGUGACAGCAUCGUCGUCACUCGCCACUUUACGAAGGAAGGUUCCUCUUCGUAUAAGAUCAAGAGCAAAGACGGAAGAGUUGUAUCGACCAAGCGUGAAGAGCUAUCCGCGAUCUGUGAUCAUAUGAAUAUUCAAGUCGACAACCCCAUGAACGUCCUGACUCAAGGUAUGGCGGGAGAUUCCGCAAGGCAAUUCUUGAGUGCCUCUCACCCGACUGAUAAGUAUCGGUUCUUCCUUCGUGGAACACAGCUGAGCCAGUUGAGCGAGGAGUAUGAGACGUGCAUGGAGAAUGUGUCACAAAUGUCGAAGGUCCUGUUGCGCAAGAAGGAGGCUCUGCCAGAUCUGGAACAGCAAUUCAAGGAGGCGUCGGCACGGUUCCAGGAGGCAUCAAAAGCCAGACAGCAGAAAUACCUUGCGGAUGAGCUCAAGAGAGAGCUCGCGUGGGCCCACGUCGCCGUGAAGGCCGAGGAAUUGCAAGGGAAGAUGGAGGAGCAUGCUAAGCUGGCGCGUCGAUUGCCAAAGAUUCAAGACAGUCUGAAGAAAGCCGAGGAGGAGUUGGAGGCUGCAACCGAAGAAGUUAAGAAAUACGAAGAAGAGCAUCGGUCUCUGGGGAAUAUCGACCAUCUGCAUCAAAGGAAACGCGAGCUUGAUGAAAAACUCCGCGCCAACAAGAAUAAACUCCUGGAUAUCAAGAAUGAUCAACAGGAGAUUGGGCGUAACUUGGCAGCUUCUCGACGGAUGAUUGCCAACCUGGAGACACAGAUUGAGGAGCAGACACAGAAGAGCGCCGCGCACACGCAAUCGAAACAAGACGAACUCAACCAGAAGCUGGCGAACGCUCAACAGGAUGUCCAUGCUGCCCAAGCCCGCCUCAAGGACAUCGAGCAACAGCAUCGCGAACGGCAAGAAGAGUCCGACUCGUUGAAGCCUCACGCCGAUCAAGUGAAUCGGGAGCUCCAAGAAAUCCGGACGCGGCUCGACGGGUACAAGGAGCAGGUCGCCAGGUGUCGAGAGCAGCAGAACAAUCAACUCGCGCCUUUUGGAAACAGGAUGAAGGAGGUCUUGGAACAGAUCAAUCGGCUGAACUGGCAUGGUCAGAGGCCGGUGGGUCCGCUAGGCGUGUAUGUGAAGGUCAAAGACCCCCAGAAAUGGGCAGGUCUUUUGAGUAACGUGCUUGGUGGCUAUAUGUCCGCGUUUGCGGUGACAGACGCACGAGAUCUGGCGCAGAUGAGAAAGCUGCUCAAGGACAGCCGAAACCCUCAUUCGCAAGUGUUCGUCGGCGAAGUCGAUCUCUUCGACUACAGUCGUGGCGAGCCUGCACCUCAAUACUUGACUGUUUUGAGGGCAACUGAAUGCUCCAACGAGUAUGUCCUCCGUGUGCUCAUCAAUCAAGCAAGGAUCGAACGGACGCUCCUCGGGGAGACCCGUGCGCAUGUUGAUGACUUGCUGAAAGGGAUGCCAGGAGGCGGUACCGGUUUGAGUACUGAUCUUUAUAGGGUCAUCAGAUACCCUGAGGGUGGUGGAUCUUCGCAGCCAUUGCCAAAGUUGCGACCCAACGACCCACGCAACCUCCUCUUCACUGGCAAAGACCCUGCCGAACAAUUGAGACACUGGCAAGAGCAAGGGAGUGCCGCUGAAGCUCGUUUCAACGAAUUGACUCAACAGGUCAAUGAAAGCCGUCAAAGAUUCGGCGAGCUGCAACGCGCCAUUGAGGAUCUGAAGAGACAAGAGCGGGCUGCUGCGCGCGCUGUAGCAGAUGCGAAGAGCUUGCGAGAUGACCUGCAGAACGAAGCUAACGAGAGUGUACCUCUGGAGACCGCCGGAUUAGAGCAUGCAAAGCAGGAACAAGAGCGAGAGCGAGACUCCUUGCUUGCACAGUUCGAGUCUUCGGCCGCGAGCAAAGUCAAGAUCGACGAAGCACAGGUUCCUCUACUUGAAGAGUUGAAGGGCGUCAAGACUGAGAUUGAAAAUUUCGACGCGAUGCAACGACAGUUUGUUGAAAAAACAGAGGCAGCUGCUGAGCGACACAUGGCUACUCAGUCCGCCACUCAGCACUGGGCGAAAAAACUCAAGGAAGAGCUGACGAAAGUCAAUGAAGCAGACGAGCGAGCUCAGUUGGUCCAGAAGGAGUUCGAGAACUGGACGGAGAAAGCCGAGGAGUAUUGCGCGAGGGUGGAGAAUCCGCGCAAACCUGAUGAAGUCCAACGUCAGCUGGAGAGUGUGCAGAGGGCGCUGAAGGAGCGAGAGAAGAGACACGGCGCGACGGUUGAAGAGAUGACUAUUGAGGUCAACAGAACCCAGGCGGCCUAUGAGACGGCCAAGAAAGACUUGAAGAGUAUGUACACCUUGAAUAAAGCUCUAAAGAAAGCCCUUCGCCUUCGCUUCAACAAAUGGUACGACUUCCGCCGUCACAUCGCAUUCCGAUGCAAGGUUGUAUUCCAGUACCAUCUUUCCAACCGUGGGUACUUCGGAAAGGUGCUCUUUAACCAUCAGGACGGGACGUUGCAACUCAAGGUCCAAACGGAUGAACAGCAUGGCACGCAGCAGGGCAGCAGGGACAAGGAUCCGCGCUCCUUGAGCGGAGGAGAGAAGUCUUUCGCCACCAUUUGCCUACUACUCGCCAUGUGGGAGUCCAUCGGCAGUCCUAUUCGAUGCCUCGACGAAUUCGAUGUUUUCAUGGACGCUGUCAAUCGCCGUAUCAGCAUGAAAAUGAUGAUCGACACCGCCAAUUCUUCCGACGGCAAGCAGUACGUUCUCAUUACCCCGCAGAACAUGCAGAGCAUACAUCUCGGCAACACUGUACGUGUGCAUCGCAUGUCUGAUCCGGAGCGCGGUCAAGGUGUUUUGGCGUAUGGCCAAACAGUCGCUUGAUCAGUUGCCUGUGUCGUGAUUCUCUUGUCUUGGUUUGUAUGUUAUUUUUUGUUAUAUGCGUAUGUAUGCUACAGGUUGAGUCUAAUGCACUUGCAUGCUUCCUAUG